GAAGUCCACGAUCUGCUGAGCGACUACGAGCUGAAAUACUGCUUUGUGGACAAAUACAAAGGGACUGCGUUUGUCACCUUGCUCAACGGGGAACAGGCGGAAUCGGCCAUCAAAAAAUUCCACCUGAGCAAACUCCGGGACAAGGAGAUCUCGGUGCAGCUGCAGCCCACGGACGCCCUGCUGUGUAUCGCCAACCUCCCUCAGCUCUACACCCAGCAACAAUUCGAGGAGCUGGUCCGACCUUUUGGCAACCUGGAACGUUGUUUCCUGGUCUACAGCGAGAAAACGGGACACUCCAAAGGUUACGGAUUUGUGGAGUAUAUGAAAAAGGAUUCGGCGGCUAGAGCCAAGUCGGAUCUGCUGGGGAAGCAGCUGGGCACGCGGACUCUUUACGUCCACUGGACGGACGUCAACCAGUUGACGUUAGACCUUCUCCAUUCCAAGUGCUUGUGCGUCGACAAGCUGCCUCACAACUACGCCGACCUCGAGGAGCUGCGGCAGGUCUUCUCCGCCACCUGCGCCCCCACUUUUUGCCAGCUGGCCUACGGCCAGGACGGGCAGCUGAAAGGCUUCGCGGUCCUGGAGUACGAGUCGGCGGAGGGGGCGGAGAUGGUUAAGACGGCCACGGAUGGUUUGCCGCUCGCCGGGAAUCACGUCCGAGUCUCCUUCUGCGCUCCCGGCCCUCCCGGCCGCAGCAUGUUGGCUGCCUUGAUAGCCGCGCAGGCCACGGCGCUGAAUCGUGGGAAAGGGCUCCUCCCCGAGCCGAAUAUCCUCCAGAUUCUCAACAGCCUGGGAAAUCCCGCUUCCCUCCAGCUGCUGCUCAACCCCCUGCUCCACGGGGCCGUCGGAGGAAACCAGGGAAUCCUCGGCGCCGCUCCCUCCGUGCCGCUGGUCACCAACCCGGCCCUCUCCACGGCUCUCCUCCAACUCGCGCUGCAGAACCAAACCCAAGCGCAACAG